AGCCCAAAGACGGGGAUGGACCACGACUGUGAGAUGCAACCACCUGGAGCCCCCAGGCCCGGAAGCUCCUUCUCCCGCAGCCACUUGCUGGGGCACCCUGCCCGCCCUUCAAAGCUCCCUGGAGGUGUGUCUCCCCUCAUUCCGGUCCUGAGGAAGACCGUCCGUUUGGAUGCCUUCCCCCAAAGCCACAGCCCACAGGCUUCCGGCCGACCUGGGCUUGGGGCAAGGGUGCAGAGUGCGGGUCCACAGGAGACCAGCAACAGCCUUGUGUCCAGGAAGCUCAGCUCCAUCUCCUUAACGCUCCGUCAGAACAGCCAGGCAUGGCCCUUGGGUCCCCCAUCUUCUCCCUGGGAAGAGCUGUCCACCCUGGGCAGGGAGGCUGCCACCCAUGGAGGUGGGAGGCUGCCCGUGCCAGGCUCACCAUCUGUGACGCCGAUGCCUGCAGGCAGGGUCCACUCCAAGGGCCCAGGGAGCCCAGGCCUGGCCAAAGCCAGCAGGAUGCCCAUAGUAGAGAAGCCCCUGGUGAGUUCCUACCUGGCCCUACCUUUUCAAUCCCGGUUAGCCCAGAAUCCACCAGGCUCUGCAGGGCCAGGCCUGCUGGCUCAGAGGCACCCUGUCCCAGUGACUGCCCAUGUGUCUACCAGAGCUUCUUCAGGAAGAGGUAAGCCCCGGUUCAGGGGUAUCCCAAGAUCCCGGCUGCAUCUUCAAAGGGCCACCCCUACCAGGGGUCCUACAAUGGCCCUAGAUUUGGUUACUCUGAACACGAGGCCAGGCACAGCCAGACGUUUAGCUACAAUGGCCACCAGCAGACAUAGCUUGGCUAUCAAUGUCACAGCAGUCACAUCCAGACAGGAUACAGGCACAGAAUUCUCUGCUCUGGGUACCAAGCUGGGCACAGCCGUGGACUUGGCUACAGCAGGUAUAAUCAAGCCAGACACAAGCACAGGGGGCACAGCCACAGACUGGGCGGUACCAGACCCAGACCCAGACAGGCUGGGCACAGCCACUGGUUUGGUUGUACCGGUCACCUCAGCCCCAGUCACUGGUGAGACUGCACUGGACAAUGUCAUUAGCAUGACUGCAGCAGCCACCUGCUCACUGAUGCCAAGCAGAAGCACAGACCCAGCCCUGGACCGUGCUACAGCAGAGGCUGCCACAGACAGGGCCACAGAGCCCGCCACGCUGGAGAUCACCAGAGAAGCCCAAGGGCUCCCCGAGACCAGGACGGACGCAGCUAUGUCAGAGCUGGUGCCUGAGCCCAGGCCUAAGCCAGCCGUGCCCAUGAAGCCCGUCAGCAUCAACUCCAGCCUUCUGGGCUACAUUGGCAUCGACACCAUCAUCGAGCAGAUGCGCAAGAAGACCAUGAAGACUGGGUUUGACUUUAAUAUCAUGGUCGUCGGUACGGAAGGUCAGAGUGGGCUGGGCAAAUCAACACUAGUCAACACACUCUUCAAAUCCCAGGUGAGCCGCAAGGCCUCCAGCUGGAACCGGGAGGAGAAGAUUCCCAAGACAGUAGAGAUCAAAGCCAUUGGACAUGUGAUAGAGGAAGGCGGUGUCAAGAUGAAGCUGACCGUCAUCGACACCCCAGGCUUUGGAGAUCAGAUCAACAAUGAAAACUGCUGGGAGCCCAUUGAGAAGUACAUCAACGAACAGUAUGAGAAGUUCCUGAAGGAGGAGGUGAACAUUGCCAGGAAGAAACGCAUCCCUGACACUCGAGUCCACUGCUGCCUCUAUUUCAUCUCCCCCACGGGACACUCCCUGCGGCCUCUUGAUCUGGAGUUCAUGAAACACCUCAGCAAAGUUGUCAACAUCAUCCCUGUCAUUGCUAAGGCCGACACCAUGACCUUGGAGGAGAAGUCUGAAUUCAAGCAAAGGGUUCGCAAGGAGCUUGAAGUAAAUGGCAUUGAAUUCUACCCCCAGAAAGAGUUUGAUGAGGAUUUGGAGGACAAGACAGAGAAUGACAAAAUCCGGCAGGAGAGCAUGCCUUUCGCGGUGGUGGGAAGUGACAAGGAGUACCAAGUCAACGGCAAGCGGGUCCUCGGCAGAAAAACUCCCUGGGGGAUCAUUGAAGUGGAAAACCUCAACCACUGUGAGUUUGCUCUGCUUCGAGACUUUGUCAUCAGGACCCACCUCCAGGACCUCAAGGAAGUGACACAUAACAUCCACUAUGAGACCUACAGAGCCAAGCGGCUCAAUGACAAUGGAGGCCUCCCUCCGGGAGAAGGCCUCCCGGGCACUGCCCUUGCACCUGUACCAGCCACCCCCUGCCCCACUGCUGAAUGAAGGCCAUUUCAAGUGCUGCUUCUCCCUCCAUUCCUCUCAGCUGGUAUUGCUGCAGGGCCACACCCUUUUUAGAGUUGUGCUUGUCCAGCCCAGCGCCACAGCCCCUCUCAGCACAGCACGUGGAAGGGGCGGGUGCUUCCUCCAUUUAGCCAACGCCCCUGUCCUCCCAGGGGAAUGGAGUUUUCGCCAGCACUGCCCUCCAUCGUCUUUGUCAGCCUGUCCUAGCGCGUGUGUAGGAUGAAGGAACAUAUCAAGAGCUGCUUCUGCCCUCCCAAGCCCAAGCCAGCGGCCUGUACCCAUCUCCAGGGGAAAUAACACGGCUCCCCACCCAUUCGUCCACAUAAGCUACUCUUGGCUUCCUUAAAGGAGCAAGAAAGCAACUUUUCUGCUUGUCAGAUGCAUUGGUGUCAGCUGUGUGAGCCCUGAUGGGGAACGAGGGUGUCUCGUUCAUUGCUUAAAGCUUGUUUAUAAGAUGGGUCACUACUGAUGUGGUGGAGCAAGGGCUAGCAUUCUGUUUUAUUAAAUUGCAACUUGUGACUGGCCCAGAGUGUGGUUUCACACUCUUCCUGCCCCAUAACGUAGCCACUUAGGAGGAGUGGUUUUCCAUAAGAGGCAUUUCUGGAGUUCACUUCUUUAUUCUCAAACUUUCAAAAAGAACUACAGACAGACACAAAACUCCAGGAAGCUGUGAUAUGUGAAUUGUAGGAAGUAAAAAUACACCCUUUUGUCCAUUUAGCAAUAAGAAGGAUCUCUUACCAUCCGCCUUGCCUACUCCUACCCUUCACCUCCACCACGCCAAUGUGAGUAGUGAAUUAGCCUGGCCACAGUUGGUCACUGUAGGCUAGUGGGAAAUACCCAAUGGAGGGAAAAGCCCCCCCAUCAGAUGCAUGAAUGUUUGCGAAUGUCGGCUACCACUGCCCCACACACUGUCUUUAUGGAAUUAUCCCCACCCCAUCCAUCUCCACCUGGACACAACUUGCUCAAAGGCUGGUGACUCGUGGGCCAAUCAUCUACAACCAAAUCCUGAUGGAGCAAGAGGCCCAAGCCUAGGGGAUGCAAGAACGACCCAUUUCUUAAAUGUUACCAGUCCCAGCCAACCUUUUGGUGACAUUAUGGUUAAAUUUCCCAAUUGAAAACAAGCCAAGAGACAAACUGGUUAUGUAAAUGUUGCUAGACUUUGUGUGUUGUACAACUAAACAUUGCUGUUUGAAUGA